AUGAUGGAUCCGAAGUAUCGACAACGUAACCUACCCGGGGACAAACGCCUUCAACUGAUUCGGGAGGAAGACGCUGCUCCUCACGAGCCCCAAUAUGACCAUCACCGUAAGAUACAAGAUGAGCUUGAGAAGCAGAUUUACGAAAAACUCGGUGAACCUACUAGUAGUCGGCCGACGCAGGCAUCACAGCAGCCCCAGCAGCGGCAGAAGCAAUCUCCAACAAUCGCAGACCUCUGCCAGGAAUGCAACCUUCUCUUCUGCGACGUGCUGCACCAUGUAUCCAUUGUCGCUGAUGCAUUGAAAUCUCACCCGUCCUUCAACCAUAGAGGCUACAACCAUGAGGAUCUUAUAGAUGCGUAUUCUACGUUUCGGUACGUCUGUUCACGUCUAAAGGCUCAUGGCCGUGGGAAGAAUGCGUUGGAGGUACGUAUCCCCCGUGACGAUUCGGAGUUCUUCGUGAUGAAUCUUAGGAAGGCUUUGACUACUGUUAUUAAGGCUUUGGAGGAGGUCAAACCGGUCAUAACUAGACAUAUCGAAAAGAAAGUCGUCGCGGAAAAAACCACGUCCGAUGAUCCCCAGUAUACAAUGAGCCUGCUUGAUCAGUUAAAGAAUGAUCCCGAUCUGGCUUGGUUCGAGACCUUCCUGACGCAGGGGGCUAUGAGGUGUGUUUUGAGGGGGUUGGAAUUUUUCGGGGAGAUUUCGCAGGAUCUUGCUCCGCGGUUGAAGUGUGGGAGUUAA